AUGAGCAACGAAAGAACUGCUCAGCGAAUCGUCUCUGUCCUUCGCCAGUGGAUGACACUGGCAUGUAAAUGCAUCAAUGCUGAUAUUGGACGGCCAACCCUGCUGCACAAUCCAUUUCACUGGAGCUCAUCACAAGCGCACUCGACGAAUUCCAUCAGCCUUUGCCCAGGACUGCUAGUCGAAGCUUCCCAUCAGGUCACUGGGCUCUCUAUACUCAGUUUCUCUCACUGGCAAUUCUCCUUGGGCGAGCACUCGGCGAAAAGAGCGGGAAGCACAUAUGUGGCCCCAUGCGCGCCAAGGAUGAGUGGAAAUUACUGCAGGCCAUCAUACUUCCCUGGACUGACGACACCAAGCGUUGAGGAGAAGAACUGUGCGCCAUUGGCAUGGCUGGUUACGGCAUGUCUUGCAUUCCGCAACCGCCCUCUUGCCCCAGACGCAAUCGGUUGCUCGAGUCGUUCCCAUGGAAGUCGCUUGAGUAAGCGCUCCACCAGUGGGAACAUGGGAAAGAUUAGCGGGCUGACAGAUAUCGUCAAGAUCCUUGGACCGGUAUACAAUUGCUGGAUGAUCAGAAGGAGUCUUAGGCAGAUAUACCAGUGCUUCUUCUCUUCCCCAAACCCCACUGCCUGGUCAACAAGACAACGUUGUGCGAUGAAUGCAGGUAGAGAAGGCACAGCCCCGAAUCGGUGCUUGGAGAGAUGCAGCUACCCAAACAUCUCCUCCGCCUACAAAGCCUGGAGGACUCGAAACGCAAUUCAGUAUCGUAUGUUGCAGGUCCUGCAUACUGUCGAUACCAGGACAAUCCGUACGGUAGACGUGCAUGAACUUGUGCAGCUCCAGUACCGAUCACGAUCUCGCGCCUCUUGGGUUGACGUUUGUUUCUUCGGACCCGAUCCCACUUUCUUUCCCCAUCCCCGCACAUUCUCCUCGAGAAUGAAGCUCCUGCACCUGCACCUGCACUUUCCCCUCAACGCACCACAGCCCAGCCGGAGGCAGCCAUACGCGGCGAGAGAAUCAAUCAUGGAAGCACCCAAAUCUCCUACUGCCACCUCGAACCUUUUCCAGAAUGCCACAAUUGCAGAGAUAUACGCGGCGAGAGAAUCAAUCAUGGAAACGCCCAAAUCUACUCCUGCCGCCUCGAAACUUCUCCAGAAUGACACAAUGACACCUUGGAAGGUCGAAGAGUUCAUGGCUGUCACUGCAUCGCCUUACCAGAGACCAGUUGGAAACACGGCAGAGUGUAUGGCACAGUCCUUGCAGCCUGGCAUGUGCGCUGUUUACAUAGCCAUGUGUGCAUUCAAUCCUUCGCCGCCGCAUUUUCGCGUAUACGAAAGCGGCUUUCUCGGCCCAACCUGGGAUUUCACCCGAUAUCGUUCCACACUGCUCAAGUACAGCCGGCACUACUGUCCAAUGCUCAAUGACGGUUAUUGGACAAUAGCUAUGAUCGACUCCUCGGCAGCUACCUACGAGAUCUACGACCCCCUGGGCAAGCAGCCUAUCGACAACGGAGUGACGGCACCUAGGCUUUCAGUAUUAGUACCAUCGGCAGACCUACGUCAACGCAACUCACACGAUUGUGGCAUCUUUAUCUGGCGGCCGUGCCCUUCGAGCAUUAUCCCCGACGUUUGGCGUCGGACCUUGAUUUCAUAUCUGAUCGGAUUAGCUAGUUCGUCCUCUCUACCGUGCUGUCCCGACAACAUCUUCCAGCGACUCAGAGCAGUGUUCGAUAUCCAAUGCACUCUUGGCCGAGAAGGUCACCUUGCCCUCGACGCACCCUGCGAAGCGGACAACCUAAGCAGACUUCGCGAGUGCUUGCUACUUCUCGAAGCAGAAUAUCAGAUCAUCCUGGAACUAUUUGGUCAAAGAGCCAAAUACCCCAUCACGUCAACUAGAGCGUGGAACGUGGUAGAACCAUACGAGCAGAAUGCCGAGACCCAGUUGGCGAAGGAGGUAGCUAGGAUUGGGUUACAGCUGGUAGCGAGUGCGCCAUAUUGUCUUCUUCCAGAAGAGUAUAUUCUUAUCCCUCAUUUUGGCGAUGUAGUACGAUCAAGACGUCCAGCUGACUCGGCAAUCCUCGUUCGUGAUACGGCGGCUGCUAUGGCCGAGUACAGACAGACUGGGCGACAUUGGAUUGAAAGGACUAAUGCAAACACAGGAGAAUCGCCGACCGCGAGUAGCGCUCAGCUUGGUGUCAAGUACGGCUGCUCCAAACCCAAUAUUCCCGUAACUGCAGCCAUGGUCGUCCAUAGUGGAUGGAGGGGGCGUCAAAAGCUUCAAGGCAGAGCACGCCAUGCCAACCUGACGAUAGCCGUAAACCCGGAAACUACCAAAAGGAGUUGGUGUGACGACCACAAGUUGCCCUCGCUGAAAGCAGACCGGCACUGGGUUUGCGGAUUGGCUUACCAGGUCGAAGAAAGAGUCCAAACACGAUCCGAAUCACGCGCUCUCCGCACGCAUCACGGAAUGAAUUUCUGUUUCGUACUCUUUGGCUUACGGUCUGGUGAAAGCUCUUCAAUAGUGCCAAGCAUCGUGGGAAGUUAUUUGUACUGCAUAGGCCUGCCAAUCUUCGCUCGACCUAAUGAGCUCCCGAACUCUUUGGCUAUGUGCUGCACCUCUGCCUCUUUCUAUCCCAAUAAACUUCGGCCAGGAUCUGGCUGCAUUUCUCCGCAUGACUACGGCAUGAUCAUCUCUCAAGCGCCGCCAGUACGCUGGCCUCAAAGCAACUCGCGGCUCUCUCGGUAUCUACUUCUUCAAUUGGAGGUCAUUGUCGCUGCGCGCACAGCUGAGCACCCUUCAGAUCCUGAAUCCUUGAGAUCUUGCGCUGGCGAGGACUGUUCGAGUCGUGCUCGUUUUGCGCGUCUUGGGAUGGAGUGCGAAAUGCUUGGGCUUGACGUUGAACGGCGCUACAUUAAGAGCAGCGGUGGGAUGGAGUGCGAAAUGUUCUGGCGAGUUGCUCGCGUGAAAAAGUUCAGGAAGCCCGCUUCUCCUGGCGUCACGUCGCUUAGGUCAGCACGCAAACUCUCUUGCAUGACAGACUCAGUAUACCGCUACGACGGCUCAUCAGAAAUUCUCCGCCUCAGCUUAUGCCAUAACCAUGAUUGUGGGGAUGGCGAUGCAUCCCGAGCAAAGAAGCCCCCAAAGACUGUGGUUCUCGAGCUUCAAGACCUCAGCUCAGAAGCAGAAUGCUCCCGCUCCGACAUCUCUUUGCCCAGGAUCACAUACGACGAGACUACAGCCAAUUCCCACAAAGCCGGAGCACCAAUUACCACGACGCUCUCUCGAAGCCGAAGCACGAUAUCUGAACAAAAGAUUGCGGCGGAACACCAUCAGCGGAUGAAAUUGGUGGGAAAGAUGUUUGAGUCAAUGCUGUGGAAGCUUGAGGACAAGCCUGGCUGGUAUCGGUCAAUGCAGAUGUUGCCUGAUAAGAUGAGUAAUGCAUAUCACAGCUCGAUGCCAGCAGCGACUGUCCUCUCCCGCGGCUUGCAUUCUGACGGUUCGUGA